AUGAAUUUUGUUGACACUAGAGCACAAUGUGGAAGGAGUGAUAAUGAUGAUGGUAUUGAGAUUAGAGAAAUAGAUACACCUCGUACACAUGAUACUUAUCAAGGGAAAAAACUAACUACAUCAUCAGGAAAGGGGAAAGCAUCUUCAGGGCUAAUAACUAGCCAUUUUGCUCCAUGGACCACUUCAGGUGCACAACCUGGAAUUAAGAGUGUAUUGGCAUAUAAGGGAGCAAUUAAUCAUGAGGAAUAUGUUGUUAUGAAGUGGUUGUGUGAAGCUUGUAUUCCCUGGAAUGCUUUGCGUUUAGGAUAUUUUCAGCCUAUGUUGAAUACCCUUGCUAGUAUUGAUCUAGGGUACAAAGCUCAUUCAUAUUAUAAUUAUAUGACCAAUUUGUUGAAGGAUUUAGUUCAGGAGAUGCAAAUGUCAGUUGAUAAACUCUAUAAGGAUUGGGCUACAUAUGGUUGCACUAUAAUGGCUGAUGGAAUUGCAUUUGUGAAGUCUGUAGAUGCUUAUGAAAUAGUCAAGAGUGCAAAGAAUUUAUUUCUUUUGGUUAAGGAAGUUAUUAAUUGGGUAAAAUCAAAAAAUGUUGUUCAGGAAAUUGGGGAAAUGGAUUAUGUUGCAAAUGUGGUUCAACGUGCAUCUAGAAUUACUAAGUUUGUUUACAAAUAUAUUUCUAUACUCUUAAUGCUAAGGAAGAGACCCGGUUGGACUGAGAUAGUACGUUUUGGAGCCACUCAUUUUGCAACUAAUUUUAUUGCAUUUAAUAGCAUUUUGAAACACAUGCAUGAUUUACAAAAUUUGGUGACAGACCGGAGUUUUAUUGAUUCCAGGUAUGCAAAAGAUGCAAAGGGGAAGGAAGUAAUACAAAUAGUUUUGGAUUUUGAAUUUUGGGCACAAUGCAAAAUGAUUGUGGGUUUCACAUCACCUCUUGUUAGUGCAUUGAGAUUUGCAGAUUCUGAGUUUAGGUCUGCAAUAAGGUAUAUGUAUCAUGCAAUGUUGAAGGCAAAAGAAUCACUGAAAAAACUUUUUAAUUAUAAGAAAGUUGAAUAUGGCCCAAUCAUGGACAUUAUUGAUAGAAGAUGGAGUAGACAAAUGGGUCAGAGGCUUCAUCUUGUAGGGUAUUAUUUUAACCCGACCUUUCAAUAUGAUCCAAAAUCAAAAGUUAAAUCCCUGGCCGUUAUGCCUGCAGUUUUUGAUGUCAUUGAAAAGCUUGCAAUCAAAUCGGAUGAUGUGGAGAUAAAGCUGAACAAAGAGCUUAUUCUUUUUGAAAAUUGUCGUGGUAAUAUUGGAAGACCUUUCUUAGUGAAGACAUUUAUGUCAAUGCCUCCAGGUGAAUGGUGGUCAAUAUUUGGUUGUGACACUCCAAAAUUGAAAAUGAUUGUUAGAAUGAAUAGGUUAGAGAAACAGAGGCUCAAUGACCUAGUAUAUGUUCAUUGCAACCUGCAUGUGAUGGAUGGGAGAAAAACUGAAAGUCUUGACCCAAUUAGGCAUGAACAUGUUGAUGUUGUGGAAGAUUGGAUAAUGCACAAUGAUGAAGAUCCUUCAUUACUUGAUGUUAAUGAGAAAGAUGAUAUGUUUAAAGCCGAUGAGACAACAUUUCCAAUAAUGGAAUCACCAUCAAGAAAAAGAGCUAGGACUGAAGAUGGUGAUGAUGAAUUUUUCAUUGAGCAAUGGGGAAUCAUAGAGGAAAAUGCAACCAAAUACCCAAUGUUUUUGAUUAGGAACUCCAGAGGAAACUCUGAAAGACUUGACCAUCUAAAGGGGUCCCUCUCCAUAAGGUUAAGAGUGCUUGUCAGAAACUCAAAGAAAGUAGAAGCUGAAAGCCUGAAAUAG